AUGGCAGAAAAUAAAACCCUCCUUAAAGAUGCUCUGGAAACCCAUUUAAAUCAGGCUUCUUAUUUUACCAGAGAGUUUUUUAGCCGAGAUAGUUUACAAGAAUUUGAUGAGCGGAAAAAAAGUCUGAACCAUGAAUUGGAAACAACUAUGGCGGAAAGCAGAAAAAAGCAGAUUGCGAGUGAACUAACUAACUUAGAAAAACUCAAUUGUAGCCAAUCAUAUUUUAAAGACCAAAAAUAUCUAAAUCAGAAAAUAGUAGAGCAGUAUGGAAAAGUGGUAGUCUACAAACCUUUUGUUGCCCCUUGGCAAGAAGCCUAUUCUUCUAAAUACAGUCAUAAUUAUAAUGCCCCAGAAGUUCCCGAAACUACUCCACCGCCCAUCUCUUGCUAUGAAGAAUAUCAAUUCUGCUUAGGACAAAUCUUAAAAAGUUUAGGAGUUAAUAUCUCUUCUCCCUCCAUUAGUUUAGAAGAUAUUGAAUUCGCUAUUCAAGAGUUUAAGAAAAGAUACAGCACUGAAAACCAUAUUUUUUAUGAGGAAAUUGAUUAA